GCAGUUUUCAACACUCGGUAUCCGCACUGAGCAUCUCGUAGCUAACAAGCUGAAUCAUUUUGCUGGAAGUGUUUUUCCUUCUUGUGAGUGAACGCGAAUUACAGUGCAAUGGCGGCAAGAUAUGACAGGGCUAUCACCGUGUUUUCCCCCGAUGGCCAUCUCUUUCAAGUGGAGUAUGCACAAGAAGCCGUAAAGAAAGGUUCAACAGCGGUGGGGAUCAGAGGUAAAGACAUCGUUGUCCUUGGUGUUGAGAAGAAGUCUGUUGCAAAGUUGCAGGAGGAAAGGACUGUCCGUAAGAUAUGCGCCCUGGACGAGCAUGUCUGCAUGGCAUUUGCAGGUUUGACUGCAGAUGCCCGCAUCGUGAUAAACAGAGCAAGGGUUGAGUGCCAGAGCCACAGGCUAACUGUUGAGGACCCAGUCACAGUGGAAUACAUCACACGCUACAUAGCUACACUGAAACAGCGCUACACUCAGAGCAACGGGCGCAGGCCAUUUGGCAUCUCUGCGUUAAUUGUCGGCUUUGACUACGAUGGGACCCCCAGGCUGUAUCAGACAGACCCGUCAGGAACUUACCAUGCCUGGAAGGCAAAUGCAAUCGGUCGUAGCGCAAAAACUGUGAGGGAGUUCCUGGAGAAAAAUUACACUGAUGAAGCCAUCGCAGGUGACAAUGAGGCUAUCAAGUUGGCCAUCAAAGCUUUGCUUGAGGUUGUCCAGUCAGGAGGCAAAAAUAUUGAGCUUGCUGUUAUCAGACGGAAUCAGCCACUCAAGAUAUUGGAAUCCAAGGAAAUUGAGACUCUGGUGGCUGAGAUUGAGAAGGAAAAAGAAGAGGAGGCAGAGAAGAAGAAACAGAAAAAAUCCACCUAAAGCAAUUAACUGAAGAUUUGUCUUCAUUGCACUUGGAUUACAAUAGCAUAUUUGGGAUUCAAAUAUUCCUACGUUUUCAAAAGUUGACUUCUCUCAUUUAUUUCAUUGUAAAGAGCUAAAUCACGACUUGGGAUCCGGUAAUGUUGUCAGUGUGAUACUGUUCCACUUGCAAAGAAUAACAACUUCUUAACUUCCAGCAAUUGAGUUCAAUGUUGUUAAAGAAACACAUGCAUAGAUCUUAAGGGGUUACAUCUUUAUCUACAUGUACUGGAUGUUUUUUUAUAUACAUCAUCAAACAGCUCUGAAGGUUAAUAAUCUCUGUACAAUGUUUAAAACAAACUUAAACUUAAUACUCAAUAAAAGCUGACUUGUUUGUAAAA